UUUUUAAUUAUUAUUGUGCUUUAAGUAGAAGUUUACAAAUCAAGUCAGUCUCUCAUAAAAAAUUUGUAUACUCCUAAUUGCUCUCUGCCUAAUGAGACAGCCUGCUCCUUCCCUCCACUGUCUCUUUUUGUGUCCAUUCCUCCAGCUUCUAACACCCUCUUCCCUCUCGUCUCCCCUCCAGAUAGGAGAUCCCAACAUAGUCUCAAGUGUCUACUUGAUCCAAGAAGUUCAUUCUUCACCAGCAUCUUUUUCUAUCCCAUUGUCCAGUCCAAUCCCUGUCUGAACAGUUGGCUUUGGGAAUGGUUCUGUCCUGGGCUAACAGAAGGUCUGGGGGCCGUGACCACCGGGGUCCUUCUAGUCUCAGUCAGACCAUUAAGUCUUUCCCUGACGUUCUUUAUUCUCCUUUGCUCCAGAUGGGUUGAGACCAGUUGAUGAAUCUUAGAUGGCUGCUUGCUAGCAUUUAAGACCCCAACCCCACUCUCCAAAGUGGGAUGCAGAAUGUUUUCUUAAUAGAUUUUAUUAUGCGAAUUGACUUAGAUAUCCCCUGAAACCAUGGUCCCCAAACCCCCGCCCCUGCUACACUGGCCUUCGAAGCAUUCAGUUUAUUCAGGAAACUUCUUUGCUUUUGGUUUAGUCCAGUUGUGCUGACCUCACCUGUAUUGUGUGUUGUCUUUCCCUCCACCUAAAGUAGUUCUUAUCUACUGUCUAAUUAGUGAAUACCGCUCUCCCUUCUUCCCCACUCUCUCCCCCCCAUAACCAUCAAAGAACAUUCUCCUCUUUGUUUAAACUAUUUCUCGAGUUCUUAUAAUAGUGGUCUUAUACAAUAUUUGUCCUUUUGCAACUGACGAAUUUCACUCAGCAUAAUGCCUUCUAGAUUCUUCCAUGUUAUGAAAUGUUUCACAGAUUCAUCACUGUUCUUUACUGAUGCGUAGUAUUCCAUUGUGUGAAUAUACCAUAAUUUAUUUAUCCAUUCAUCCGUUGAUGGGCACCUUGAUUGCUUCCAUCUUUUUGCUAUUGUAAACAGAGCUGCAGUCAACAUGGGUGUGCAUAUAUCAGUUCGUGUAAAGGCUCCUAUUUCUCUAGGAUAUAUUCCAAGGAGUGAGAUUGUUGGAUCGUAUGGUAGUUUUAUUUCUAGCUUUUUAAGGAAGCGCCAAAUUGAUUUCCAAAGUGGUUGUACCGUUUGACAUUCCCACCAGCAGUGUGCAAGUGUUCCAGUCUCUUCACAGCCUCUACUACAUUUUUUAUUUUGUGUUUUUUGAAUUAAUGCCAGCCUUGUUGGAGUGAGAUGGAAUCACAUUGUAGGUUUGAUUUGCAUUUCUCUCAUGGCUAAUGAUGGUGAACAUUUCCUCAAUUAUCUGUUAGCUACCUGAAUGUCUUCUUUAGUGAAGUGUCUGUUUAUAUCUUUUGCCCAUUUUUAAAUUGGGUUGUCUUUUUGUGGUUGAGUUUUUGCAGUAUCAUGUAGAUUUUAGAGAUCAGGUGCUGAUCAGAAAUGUCAUAGCUAAAAACUUUUUCCCAGUCUGUAGGUAGUCUCUUUACUUUUUUGGUGAAGUCUUUGGAUGAGUAUAGGUGUUUGAUUUUUAGGAGCUCCCAGUUAUCUAGUUUUUCUUCUGCAUUGUUAGUAAUGUUUUGUAUACUGUUUAUGCCAUGUAGUAGGGCUCCUAAAGUUGUCCCUAUUUUUCUUCCAUGAUCUUUAUCAUUUUAGAUUUUAUAUUUACGUCUUCGAUCCACUUUGAGUUCGUUUUUGUGCAUGGUGUGAGGUAUGGGUCUUGUUUCAUUUUUUUGCAGAUGGAUACCCAGUUACGCCAGCACUAUUUGUUAAAAAGACUCUUUUCCCCAUUUAACUGAUUUGGGGCCUUUGUCAAAUAUCAACUGCUCAUAUAUGGAUGGAUUUAUGUCUGGAUUCUCAAUUCUGUUCCAUUGGUCUAUGUAUCUGUUGUUGUACCAGUACCAGGCUGUUUUGACUACUGUGGUGGUAUAAUAGGUUGUAAAAUCAGGUAGAGUGAGGCCUUCCACUUGGUUCUUCUUUUUCAGCAAUGCUAUACUUAUCCAGGGCCUCUUUCCCUUCCAUAUGAAGUUGGUGAUUUGUUUCUCCAUCUCAUUAAAAAACGUUGUUGGAAUUUGGAUCAGAAUCGCAUUAAAUCUAUAGAUCGCUUUUGGUAGAAUAGACAUUUUUACAAUAUUAAGUUUUCCUAUCCGUGAGCAAAGUAUGUUCUUCCACUUACGUAAGUCUCCUUUGGUUUCUUGCAGAAGUGUACUGUAGUUUUCUUUGUACCAGUCUCUUACAUCUUAGGUAAGAUUUAUUCCUAAGUAUUUUAUCUUCUUGGGGGCUACUUUAAAUGGCAUUGAUUUGGUGAUUUCCUCUUCGAUGUUCUUUUUGUUGGUAUGGAGGAAUCCAACUGAUUUUUGUAUGUUUAUCUUGCAUCCUGAUACUCUGUUGAACUCUUCUUAUUAGUUUCAAUAGUUUUCUGGAGGAUUCCUUAGGGUUUUCUGUGUAUAAGAUCAUGUCAUCUGCAAAUAGAGAUACUUUACUUCUUCCCCGCCAAUCUGUAUGCCCUUUAUUUCUUUGUCUAGCCCAAUUGCUCUGGCUAGGACUUCCAGCACAAUGUUGAAUAAGAGCGGUGAUAAAGGGCAUCCUUGUCUGGUUCCCAAUCUCAAGGGGAAUACUUUCAGACUCUCUCCAUUUAGGAUGAUGUUGGCUGUUAAAAUAUUUGUAUAAAUACCCUUUAUUAUAUUGAGGAAUUUUCCUUCUAUUCCUGUUUUGCUGAGAGUUUUUAUCAUGAAUGGGUGUUGAACUUCAUCAAAUGCCUUUUCUUUAUCAAUUGAUAAAAUCAUGUGAUUCUUGUCUUUUGUUUUAUUUAUAUGAUGGAUUACAUUAGUUGUUUUUCUAAUGUUGAACCAUCCCAGCAUACCUGGUAUGAAUCCCCCUUGGUCAUGGUGAAUUAUUUUUUUUAUAUGUUGUUGGAUUCUUUUGGCUGGAAUUUUGUUGAGGGUUUUUGCAUCUAAGCUCGUGAGGGAUACAGGUCUGUAAUUUUGUUUUUCGUAGUGUCUUUACCUGGUUUUGGUAUCAGGGAGAUGCUGCCUUCAUAGAAUGGGAGUAGGGCCCUCCCGUUUCUAGCUUCUCCGACUGGGACACUCCCGGGCCACUGCAGCAGGAGAAGAGAACCAGAGGGUCGCAAAACCAAACCAAACCCGUUGCCAUCAAGUCGAUUCCAACACAUAGCGACCCUAUAGGACAGAGUAGAACUGCCUCAUGGGGUUUCCAAGGAGCGGCUGGUAGAUUCAAACUGCCAUACUUCUGGUUAGCAGCCGUAGCUCUUAAGCACUGCCUACCAGAGCUCCAGAGGGUUGCAGUGCAGAACUUAAAUGCCAAGGCCCAGAAGCGACCCGGUUCAUUUUUGCUCACACCCAGUACUAGUCACAUUGGCCCUGUCUGCCUGCAAGGGAGCUGGACCUGUGGGGGUCACGUGGGCGACCACAACAGUUGGAUGUGAUAGUUAUUAAACACCUACUGUGUCCCAGGCCUACUAAGGGUUCUGGAAAUAAAAAGGGGCCCCUGGCUUCCUGGAGCUCAUAGACACAGCUAUGUGAUCACAUGUAAGCUAAGUGCCCUGGCUGAGUAGCCCAGGAGGCCACGAGACAGUAUGUCCGAGGGGGCCUGCAGAGUUGGGGGAGGCCAGGAGGUGUCAUAGGACUCACCUUUGAGAGGGGGCCUGAGCGUGAGUAGGCCUUAACUGCAUGGGGGGGAGGGAGCAGCAUCAGCAGAGAUCUGGAAACGGGAUGGAGCUUGAUUCAGCAAAGGAACUGGGACAAGGCCAGGGUAGCUGUGGGAGAGGUGUAUGGGGGCAGACCAUGCAGCGUCUUGUUGGCGGGAGGGAGGGGUUUGGUAUUUGUAACACCUGCCUUUUGGAGCUGUUGAAAGAGUUAAAUGAGCCCAGUCAUCCUUUCAACAAAUGCUGAGUUCCUACUUUGUCAGGCAAUGUUUUAGGUCCUGGGGAUGCAGCUGCAAACAAGACAUUCUAGAAGAGGGAGACAGACGGUAAACAGGAAAAACAAAGUAGUUCUACCUGAUGAAAGUGUCAUGACCAAUAAAUAGGUUAAUAUAAUAGAGAGUGAAGCCCUGGCGGCUCAGUGGUUAAGCAUUUGGCUGCUAACCAGAAGUUGGCAGUUUGAAUCCACCAGCCACUCCUUGGAAGACCCCACGGGGCAGUUCUGCUCUGUCCUGUAGGGUCGCUAUGAGUUGGAAUCGACUCAACAGCAAUGGGUUUUAGUUUGGUAAUGGAGAGUAUACAGGAGGAUGGUUUCGUUUAGGUGCUUUUGGCGGCGUUUUCCAGUUCACGGUGGCUUAGGAAACAUAUGGGCUCCCCAAUUCUAAGUCCUAAAGUUUUUGGAUCUACCUUUUGGGCAGGUGACAUGGCAGCUCAACAUGACAUCAGGUCAUUGUGUGCACAACUCUGCUCUCCAAGGUGUUGGCUUCACCGUCCUGGGACGGCAGCUGGGUGUGAGCAGGAGCUGUUUCAACUCUCUGUGCCCCAAGGAUCUUCUCAUAGCUCACAGUUGUGGAGAGUGGAUUGUAGGGGCCAGCCGGAGAACAGUGACAAGGCUGCUGCCGUUGUCUACGUAGGAGACUGGGGGAGACAGGUCUAGGAUGGGUUUAGUGGGAGGGUGACCCGUAGGCAGGUCCUGGAUACAUUUUGGAGGUAGAGUAGAUAGAGCUUGCUGACAGCAUGGUUGAUGGAGGUAAGGAAUGCUGAGGAGACACACACACACACACACACACAAAUGUCCACCGUAUACCAUGUUUCCUCUCAUAAAAGCCACGGCACCAAUAGCAUACUGCCAGUUAGCCGGCUGCCGCCAUGCUGACUCCGACUCAUGGCUGUGCCUGUGUGUCAGUGUACAGCUGCGCUCCUUAGAGGUUGUCACUGACUGCCAGGCCUUCCUUCCGCGGCAUCUCUGGGUGGAUGCAGAGCCUCCAGCCUUUCUGUUAGCAGCUGAGUGCGUUAACUGUUUGAACCACCCAAGGACUCAGCGUAUUGCAGACUUAGAGAUCUCCUGCAAGAAAGAAGGCUGCGUUUUUGACUGUGGAUUUGGACGUUUCAAAGACACCUAGUAACAAGUUCUGCAGAGUAGUUUGGAAACUGUAGUAAUGCUUCUCCUCCUUGGCUGCACGUUAGAAUCAUGUGGAGGGCUGAAAAAACCCCAGGCCUGAGCCCCAUCCCGGACCAGUUAAAUUAGAAUCACAGAGGGCAGAACCUGGGCCUGAUUUAAUUUUAAAAAAAAGGAAGAUCUCUCCCACUUGUUUCAGGCAUCCAGCCAAGGGUGAGAGCGACUACUUGAUCGUGUCCUUGGGCAAGUGUCACAUUUUUAAAAAGCUCUGUUGGUUGUUCGCAUUUCUGAUUAUCCAAGUGAUACUUCUUGUUAAAAAAGGAAGGGGGGAAGAGAAGGGGAAAGGAAAGAGAAAUCAAAGUAUUGAAAAUCCCCAAGAUAAUUACUUUUGCAAGUUGGUGCGUGCCUUCAGAUUGUUUAAAAUAAUUAUGCUAAAAAAUACCAUGUGCGCUGCGCAAAUAAUCCGAGAAGCUGAACUAUAUGAAGAAAAACGAGGCAUCAGGAUUGGAGGAAGACUCAUUAACAACCUGCGUUACGCAGAUGACACAGCCUUGCGUGCUGAAAGGGAAGAGGACUUGAAGUACUUACUGAUGAAGAUCAAAGACCACAGCCUUCAGUAUGGAUUACACCUCAACAUAAAGAAAACAGAAAUCCCACAACUGGACCAACGAGCAACAUCAUGAUAAAAGGAGAAAAGAUGGAAGUUGUCAAGGAUUUCAUUUUACUUGGAUCCACAAUUAACACCCAUGGAAGCAGCAGUCAAGAAAUCAGAAGACACAUUGCAUUGGGCAAAUCUGCUACAAAGGACCUCUUCAAAAGGUUGAAGAGCAAAGAUGUCACCCUGAAGACUAAGGUGCGCCUGACCCAAGCCAUGGUAUUUUCAAUCACAUCAUAUGCAUGUGAAAGCUGGACAAUGAAUAAGGAAGACUGAAGAAGAGUUGACACCUUUGAACUGUGGUGCUGGCGAAGAAUAUUGAAUAUACCAUGGACUGCCAAAAGAACGAACAAAUCUGUCUCGGAAGAAGUACAGCCGGCAUGCUACGAUGCCGAGCAAGCAUGGCGAGACUGGGUCUUCCAUACUUCAGACCUGUUGUCAGGAGGGAUCGGUCCCUGGAGAAGGACGUCAUGCUUGGCAGACUACAGGGUCAGCGGAAAAGAGGAAGGCCCUCACGAGGUGGACUGACACAGUGGCUGCAACAACGGGUUCAAGCAUAAUGAUUGUAAGGAUGGCGCGGGACUGCGCGGUGUUUCGUUCUGUGGUACACAGGGUCGCUAUGAGUCGGAACCGACCCGACGGCACCUAACGACAACAGAAACUACCAUAUGUGUCUCAAACAAGGUGAGUCCUCGUCGUUCUGAAGAGGAGAUUUAACUAAAGUUCUGAGGUCAACUUGAAAUGUCUAAGGAUUUUGAUGGUGUCUUAGGUAUCUAGGGCUGCAAUAACAGAAAUAUCACUAGUGGGUGGCUUUAAUGAACAGAAAUUUAUCUUCUCACAGUUGAGGAGGCUAACUGGGAGAAAAUUCUUGUCUCUUUUCAGCUUCCGUUCUUUGGCUCCAUGGCGAUCUUCCUGUGGCCUGGCAUCUGUCAUCCUCCAUCUCUGCUUGCUUGCUUGCUUUAUCUGCUCUUUGAUAUCUGAAAAGAGAUUGAUUUAAAAUACACCCUACAUGAAUACUUCCACAUUAACAUAAUAAGGAAAACCCGUUCCCGAACGGGAUUAUAACCAGAGGUAUAGGGGUUAGGGCUUACAACACGUGUGUUUGGGGACCACAGUCCCAUCCAUAACAGGCGUGUUAGCAUCUAACGAUGUCAGCGUUGCUGGCUUUGGCGACAAUAGAAAAGGAGCUUGUCCUGCAGCACUUAGUCACUAUUCUUAAGGGCUCGAUCCCACAGUUCCAAGUGUUACAAGUCACUGCAACCAGGCCCUUUAAAGAUUCCUUUAAAAACAAAGAUAAAAAACUAAUAAACCAGUUGCUGUUGAGCAACAGUAAUACAAUUUAAGCAAAACAUUUGAUUUAAAAAUCUGUUUGUAAAAAAGCCUGUUGCCAUCGAGUUGAUUCCCACGUGUCGCACCCGUAGGACGGAGUAGGGCCGCCCUGUAGGGUCUCCAGGGAGCGGCUGGCGGCUGUGGACUGGUUAGCAGCCGAGCCCCUAACCUCUGCCUCACCGGGGCUUCUUACUGUACGGUCGUGGGGCAUUUAAACUAGAAAUUUAAAAACUACCAACAACAAAAAAACGUAUCUAAAGUAGUACUGAAAACUGUCUUGAAGCAAAGUGCCGCGAUGGGAGGUGAGCUUAUGUGGAAAGAUGUGAUUUUACUAGAUUGUCGUUUAUCCCUCAUAAAUGGGAAUGAUGCGCUGGGCGGACACAAAAGCAGGCCCUUCAGUAAUCACUUAAUGUGCACAUCUGUUCAGGUACUUACCCAUUUUCAGUAACUUCCCUUAAAAAUCUUUUUUUUUUUUUAAAAUUAUAACGUAGCAAUUUAGUGACUACACUGCAGAGAUCACCAAUAUACAGCUAUAGGUAUAUGGUAUAUGACUGGAUUUUUAAAUUUGUAGCGACAGCACAGUACACAGAUGCAAGGAGCACCACGUCACAAACCCUUCUGACGGACGUGAAAAUGACGUCUUCUGGAAAUAAGUGUAGGUGACUGAGAAGGUGACGUUAGUGGUGACAGAGAUGCCUGUGAAGAGUGUGAAUAGCAUUGCUUCGUAGUAUGUGAGAGAAUAUAAGCAGUGUUUUUGAUAUGAUUCUAAAUGUAUCACACAGUUGAUAAAUUAAGAAAUACAAAUAGGCAGCCAGUGAUGUCAUGUGUUAUGGAUUGAACUGUGUCCCCCAAAAAUGUGUUCAGGAACCCCUAUACCUGCGGUUAUAAUCCCAUUUGGGAAUGGGUUUUCUUCAUUAUGUUACUGUGGAAGUAUUAGUGUAGGGUGUGUCUUAAAUCCAUGUCUUUUGAGAUAUGAAAGAGCAGAUUAAGGAAGCAGGCAAACAGAUGGGGGAAGACAGAUUCCAGGCCACAUGAAGAUCACCAAGGAGCCAAAGAACAGAAGCUGAAGAGAGAAGGACCUUCCUCUAGAUCCAACAGAGAAAGAGAGCCUUCUCUUAGAGGGCGCACCCUGGAUUCGGACUUCUGUCUUGGAAGAAGUACAACCAGAAUGCUCCCUAGAAGCAAGAAUGGUGAGACUUCGUCUCACAUACUUUGCACAUGUUACCAGGAGGGACCAGUCCCUGGAAAAGGACAUCCUGCUUGGUAAAGUAGAGGGUCAGCAAAGAAGAGGAAGACCCUGAACGAGGUGGACUGACACAGUGGCUGCAACAAUGGGCUCAAGCAUGACAACGACUGUGAGGAUGGCGCAGGACCUGGGAGUGUUCCAUUCUGUUGUACGUAGGGUCACUCGACGGCCCCUAACCACAGCCUCCUAAACUGUGAGAAAAUAAAUUUCUGUUCCUUAAAACCACCCACUCUGGUGCUUCUCUUAUAGCAGCACUGGAGAACAGAGAUAGUUUCUUCCCCGAACAGCACUUUAUUCAAAGUAAAAAAUAUGAAAGACUCUGAGAGUCAACUAUUAUUUCUAAGGGCAAUUUUUUGGGGGAAAAGCUUGCUUUAUAUUUGCAUUGAUCUUGUACAUGUAAUGUGUAAAUAAUUAGGUUACACACACACGUAAAAGUAGCUCAGUGGUGUUAGAGCUUCCUGCCAUCAGCUGUGAAUCUUUGAGAGCCUGAGUUCUCUGACUUACCCAGCGAAUCUCAUUCACUCAUUUGUUCAGCAUGAUUCAUUUCCUGUAAGUAACCCUAAAAACUAAUACUGAGAACAGUAGUAAAGAUGGCCUGUGUUGGAAUCCCAGCCUUUAACUUCCUUGUGCCUCAGUUUCUCCAUCUGUAAACUAGAAGCGAUAACAGUACCCACUUCAUUGAAUGGUUGUGGGGAUUCAUGGAUUUAAUACAGAGCCACAGUCCCAGGUGGAACCUGAUAUGAUGACAUAUUUUCGUAGUUUGCUGUAGAAAUACCGCUGUGAGUGUUCCCCCGACCUUGUCGGGGGUCUAGGCUCCUUAGUGCCUUUCUAAAAUCCAAAGUAUUCUGAAUUCCAAAACACCUCUGGCCCAAGGGUUUGGAGCGGGAUAACGCACCUGUGUCCCUGAAGCACUGAGCGGAGUGCCUGGUGCGUGGUAAAGGCUUUGUAAUGUCAACCCUUUAGUGCUGGUAUCACCACUAUUAUCCUUGAAAGUACAUAAACCAAAGAACUCUUUGCCGUAGAGUCGAUUCCAACUCAUAGUGACCUCAGAGAACAGAGUAGAACUGCCCCAUAGGGUUUCCAAGGCUGUAAUCUGCCGAAGCAGACUGCCAGGUCUUUCUCCCAAAGAGCAGCUGGGGGGUUCGGACCACCAGCCUUUCUGGUUGGUAGCAGAGGGCUUAACCACUGCGCCACAAGGGCUCCUUUAAAGUGCAUACCUCAUCCUUAAUCGUCACAGGAAUGUAAAUUAUAACCACAGUGAGAUGCCCUUCCACACCCACCUCAGCAGCUAAGAUAAAAAGACAACAUGGGAGGAGAUGAGGUCAGAGAGCUACCUGGGAGGCUUGUAGGGACCGUGGGAUUUUCCUAAAUGUAUAGUGGGAGGGUUCUGCGCAGAGGAGGGACAUAACCUAACUCCACAGUAGCCACGUCCCCGUGGCUGAGUGUGGGGACCAGACGUGGGGGCAGGGAAGGGACCCGGGACAUGGAGGAGGAAGCCCCUGCAGCAGUCCGUGGUCCAGCAGUGGGCGAGGAGAGAAGCGAUCUAAUUCUGCAGUGUUGUGUGGGGAGAGCUGACGGGAAGUAUUAACGGGCUGGGUGUGGGGAUGAGAGGAGAGGGGCCUAGGGUGACCCGAGGUUGUGGCCUAACCCCCAGUGAAUGGUGCAGGUGUUUAGUUGAGGAACACCAAGGUGGGCUUUGCAGGAGUAGCAGAAGAUGGUAUGAAGAUUCAAGAAUUCAGUUUCAGAUCAUUGAAUGUAAGCAGCGUUUUAGACGACGGCAUGAGACGGUGAGGAGGCAGUUGGAUGUACACGUCUGGAGCAACUGACUGUAGGUGCUUCAUAAAGGUGAGCUGUUGUUAGAAGUAAUAAUAUCGUUACUUUUGUUCUGAUAGACAGCCGGGGGGAGGUCCAGAUGUGCAUUUAGGGCUCCCCAGGGAAGAGAUGGAGCCCUGGUGAUGCAGCAUGGUUAAGAGCUCGGCUGCUAACCAAGAGGUCAGCAGUUGGAAUCCACCAGGCGCUCCUUGAAAACCCUAUGGGACAGUUCUCUGUCCUAUAGGGUUUCUAUGAGUCAAAAUUGAGUCAAUCGCCACAGGUUUUUAGGGAAGAGAUGGCAUUUAAAGCAUCAGGACUAGAUGAGACCACCAAGGGCGGAUAUUGCUGGAGAAGAGAAGAGCCCUCCAGAGAGGUGGUGAGGAACGGCAGAGGAGGCUGAGAAGGGGGCCCCAGAGAGAAGAGGGGAGACCAGGAGAGCAUGGAGUUGCGGAGGCCCAGUGAGGGAGGAGGGAGCCAUCAGAGAGACACCAGAUGCUACCGUGAGGCCAAGAUGAAGGCUGAGAAAUGACUGCCAGGUCGGGAGACGGGGUGGACCAGCAGAUAGCCUGGCAGGAACAGCUUCUAGAGAGGCAGGCUAUGUGUCUGUCUCCCAGCAGAUGGGAAGUGUGACCCCGCGUGCUUUGUUUGUUGCUGUGUCUCUGGUACUUGGGCCAUGCCAGGCACAGCAGCACAGCCACUGUGCAAUAAGAGCGCGUUAGGUUAACAGAAGGGGAUAGAACCGUCAGGGCCCUUGGAAUCACAGACUGUCACUCCAGAGUGUGGCUGACAUUACUUCCAGCAUGCGCCCUGUGGGCCUGAGCUCCUGUCCCGAGUGGCUUUCCCCUACCGGUGAGUGUUCGGGGAAAGGAAUAAUGGAACUGUAUCCCAGACAUCUGGAAUGCCCCCAGACUAACCGGUUACUGAGGGCCUGGUCCCGUGGGUGAGACUGUUGUGACUUCCCCUUGUGUAAAUGGGAAUAGUGACGGUGCUGACCUCAGUGCAGCUGUGAGGAGUCAGUGAGGUAAUGCCGUACCACAGUGUGGGUUUUUAGUAAACAGGAGCUGUUGUUAAAGGUAAUAGUAUCAUUACCAUUAGUCUGACUUCAUGGCUCUCACAGAUACUCAGUAAUCACUCAAGUAACCACUUAGUUUAAUUGUGGUCAUUAUACUGUAAGACUACAGAGUGCCUUGAGAGAGAAUACCAGGGCUGGAGGUGGGCGGGCCUGAGAAGGCUUUUCUGGAGACGGGACACAAGCUUAGGCUGGAAGGAUGAAUGCGGGCUAGCCCAGGGACCUGGAGGCUGGGGUUUUUGGUGGGGAGAGUAGUAACCUGUGCAAAGGCCCUGAGAUGGAAGGAGCUGGGAGUGUCGGAAGAGCUUUAAGGAGAGGAGUAUGGUGACUUUGAUUCCUGUGUGUGCUUUCAAGGCUUGGCGUCUUGACUCCCUUCUCCCAGCACAGUUUGUUCUGAUUGCUACAAGCCAGGGCCAGGGUCAGACUCCAGCCGUCCCCGUGUGCAGCACCUUGAAGCACUGUGCGGUCAUCUGGCCACUCGGCCUGCAGGGUUGAAAGGGGCUUUAUGCAAGGAGUAGGUGCCCUGGUUCCAGUCACACCAACCCCCAGGAAAGAGACAGCUUGCUGAUCCAUCCAGGCUGCCGGGAGGCCCACAGAACACAGGUCACAGCAGCACUGCCUCUUCCUCAGAAGGGCCGGGCCUUGCUGACUCGUGCUCCUUCCAGAGAGGGAACCCCAGACUGCGCCCCACAAAGGUGGUCUCAUUUCCUCUCAGCCCAGGGCUGCCAACAGCCCACCUCACUCCCCCACAGUGGCGUCAGUAGAGGGGCACUGGGGGUGCAGACCCCACCAGGUGACACUGUCAGAGGGGAUGACACGGAAUGACUGUCUGUAAAAGUUUGGUUAGUGUUUCAGCGGAAAUCUGUUAUUUUUAAUAGAGAUAACCCUGUAGUUAUAACAACAAAAAAUUUUUUCACAAGCCAAGCUUCCAAAACCAAACCCACUGCUGACGAGUUGAUUCCGACUCCUAGCGACCCUGUGUGUGUCACUAUACCUACAAAGCUGGAACUCAACGCCGAUUGACUUCCGAAGCUUCUAACGCAGCCCAGUCAGAAACGUUACUAUGCAGUUACAGCCACGCCUCCAGUCGCGGGGUGUCAUCUGCACGGCGGCGAGCACACCCUGUUGUUUUCGUUGCUGCCAGUGUUUUUUAUAGUCACUGGCUUUGUCAGAUUUUUAGGUGUUUUAGCUACAAUACUGUGGUAGUUAGGACUUGUGAAUCUAUAUCACUAACAUUUUUGAGAAUGAAGUAGUAAUUAAAGGAAAAGGAGAAAAAUCAAAAAGGCUUCUGUUCAGUUACUAAUAAUGUUGUAACUAAAAAUGUAAUUCAAUGUACAAAGAUAUUACAAAGCGAUUUUGUUGUUAGUAUUCAUAUAAUCUAAGGAAUAUUACAUUUAGGCAAUUUAUAACUAUAAUUAUAUGAGAAUUAACGAUUUAUGAGUAACAUUAGUAAAAACAAGCAAACAUUACUAAGGAUUCUGUCUGGUUGGGUACGGGAGGAGGUCCGUGGGGGGGACACCAACCCCAGUGACGUCACUCCUCCCCCGUUUCCCUGUUUCUUUUAUAAGAUGCCAACCAGUAGGCGUCUUUUGGUUCCCUCUUGUGGGCUGGGCCUGAAGAGAGGUAGGCAGGCUGGGGGAGUUUCCAGGUUACACAGGAAAUGGUCCCUUUGUGGGCCGAGAGUCUGAGGAGACACUGUACCCCAGCCCAUCAACGAGAGCCCACAUGAGCCUGCUGACCCCCCCCCAGGCUGGGAAUGGUGUUAGAUUCCUGGGGUGUGGAGUGGCCCAGGUCCUCUGAGCGGCUCCUCGAUCCUGCUGCCCUGGUGUUUUCUCUGCCAGUUGCUGGGCAAGUGGAGGCUUUGCUGUUCUCUGCUGUGCCCAUGGCUGCCCACGCCCAGAGCAAGCAUGGCGAGGAGGAUGCCCCUGCAGCCUGCCAGCCCUCCACAGCACCUGCCGCCUGCUCUGCCCUGCUGAGCCCUCCACCUGGAGCCCCAACGACAGCACCUGCCUCCUGAGGCUGUCCCAGCUCAGUGGUCCACAGCAAUGGUGGAGAACUGGACCCCACAGGCUCCCAACCUUCCAGUCAGGUCUCAGGGGCCAUCAUCCUUCAUCUUGGGACUGGCGGCCCUGAACAAUGGCUGAGAGCUGGGGAACCCCAUAGAGUUACCACAGCUCACAGUGGCCAGUAGCACUUUCGUGGACUAUGACCACCUAUCGGCCCAUUCCCAAUGAUGGCGUGGACCUGGCAGCCAGCUGUGGGGCCAGGGGGGCCGACAUCCUCCCAGGGCCACACUCGGGGGACUAUGCUUCCAUGGGAUUCUGGGCCCAAAACGGCAGCAUGCCCCAGCCUGUUGGUGAGAGCCCCGCUGCCACGACCCGCCCCAGCCCCACCACCCCCGCAAUGCCCAAGAUGGGUGUGCGUGCAAGGGUGGCCGACUGGCCGCCCAAGCGAGAGGCCUUGAGAGAGCAGAACAACCCAAGCCCCUCGCAGGACGCAGACGGCACCCAGGCUGCGCAGACAGCACAGGUAACGCAGGUCCCCCAUUCCACGAGGAGCGUACAGAACGGGCAGCCCCCCGCCAGCACCCCAGCUUCCUCAGGGUCCAAGGCCUUCCACCGACUCGCCAGGAGAAGGUCCAAGGAUGUGGAGUUCCAGGACGGGUGGCCCCGGUCCCCGGGCAGGGCCUUCCUCCCUCUGCGGCACCGCAGCAGCAGCGAGAUCACCCUCAGUGAGUGUGACGUGGACGAGGCCGGGGAGCCGCGGGGGGCCCGACACGCGGGGGCCCUGCCGCUCUUCCGCGAGUACGGGAGCACGUCCUCCAUCGACGUGCAGGGCGUGCCCGAGCAGAGCUUCUUCGACAUCCUCAACGAGUUCCGCAGCGGGCAGGCAGAGCCCCGGGGCUGCCAGAACCUUGCUGAGCUCCUGCGGGUCGACCCCGGCCUGCACCUUGCAGGGAGCAGCGGCAGCGGAGCCAAGGCGGACCCCCGGAAUGGGCAGCCCCCAAAGGACAGCCUCCUGCCGCUGCAGCCCCUGAAGGAGAAGGCCCGGAAGAAACCCGUGCGGGGCCUCGGCGGUGGGGACACGGUGGACGCGUCCAUCUUCCGCAAGCUGCGGGGCAGUAAGGCGGAGGCAGAGGCUGCGCGCUGCCCCGGGGAGGCCGAGGAGGGUCGCAGCCCCCCGGAGGCCAGCAGGCCGUGGGUCUGCCAGAAGAGCUUUGCGCAUUUUGAUGUGCAGAGCAUGCUGUUCGACCUGAACGAGGCGGCCGCCAACAGGGUGUCCGUGGCGCAGCGGCGGAACACCACCACGGGUGCCUCCGCCGCCUCGGCCGUGGCCUCCCUCACGGCGUCCCGGGCGCACAGCCUGGGGGGCCUGGACCCGGCCUUCGCCAGCACGGAGGACUUGAACUGCAAAGAGAACCUGGAGCAGGACCUCGGCGACGACAACAGCAACGACCUGCUGCUCAGCUGCCCGCACUUCCGCAACGAGAUCGGCGGCGAGUGCGAGCGCAACGUGAGCUUCUCCCGGGCCUCCGUGGGCUCCCCGGGCGGCGGCGGCGGCGGCGGCGGCGGCGGCGGCGGCGGGAGCGAGGGCCGGCCGGCCGAGCCCGCGCUGAGCGCCUACCGCACCAACGCCAGCAUCUCAGUGCUGGAGGUGCCCAAGGAGCAGCAGAGGACGCAGAGCCGCCCGCGGCAGUACAGCAUCGAGCACGUGGACCUAGGCGCGCGCUACUACCAGGACUACUUUGUGGGCAAAGAGCAUGCCAAUUACUUCGGCGUGGACGAGAAGCUGGGGCCGGUGGCUGUGAGCAUCAAACGAGAGAAGCUGGAGGACCACAAGGACCAUGGGCCUCAGUACCAGUACAGGAUCAUCUUCCGGACCCGAGAGCUCAUCACCCUGCGGGGCUCCAUCCUGGAGGAUGCCACACCCACAGCCACGAAGCAUGGGACAGGGCGGGGCCUCCCCCUGAAGGACGCCCUGGAGUACGUCAUCCCAGAACUCAACAUCCACUGCCUGCGACUGGCUCUCAACACCCCCAAGGUGACAGAGCAGCUGCUGAAGCUGGACGAGCAGGGGCUCUGCCGGAAGCACAAGGUGGGUGUGCUCUACUGCAGGGCAGGCCAGAGCUCCGAGGAGGAGAUGUACAACAACGAGGAGGCGGGCCCAGCCUUCGAGGAGUUCCUCUCCCUGAUCGGCGAGAAGGUCUGCCUGAAGGGCUUCACCAAGUACGCGGCCCAGCUGGACGUGAAGACUGACUCCACGGGAACCCACUCCCUCUACACGACGUACCAGGACUACGAGAUCAUGUUCCACGUCUCCACCCUGCUUCCAUAUACCCCCAACAACAGGCAGCAGCUCCUGAGGAAGAGGCACAUAGGGAACGACAUCGUGACCAUCAUCUUCCAGGAGCCUGGGGCACUGCCCUUCACCCCCAAGAAUAUCCGCUCGCACUUUCAGCACGUCUUCAUCAUCGUCCGAGUCCACAACCCCUGCACUGAGAGCGUCUCCUACAGUAUGGCUGUGACCCGAUCCAAAGAUGCCCCUCCUUUCGGCCCCCCCAUCCCCAGUGGAACCACAUUCCGCAAAUCCGAUGUCUUCAGAGACUUCUUGCUGGCCAAGGUGAUCAACGCUGAGAACGCCGCGCACAAAUCUGACAAGUUUCACACCAUGGCCACCAGGACCCGCCAGGAGUACCUCAAGGACCUGGCUGAGAACUGUGUCUCCAACACGCCCAUCGAUUCCUCUGGCAAGUUCAACCUCAUCUCCCUGACCUCCAAGAAGAAGGAGAAAACAAAAGCACGGGCAGGCGCUGAGCAGCACAGUGCUGGAGCCAUUGCCUGGAGGGUGGCAGCUCAGGACUACGCCCAGGGGGUGGCAAUCGACUGCAUUUUGGGAAUUUCAAACGAGUUUGUGGUGCUCCUGGACCUACGCACCAAGGAGGUGGUGUUUAAUUGCUACUGCGGGGAUGUCAUCGGCUGGACCCCAGAUUCCACAACGCUCAAAAUCUUCUACGGGCGAGGGGACCACAUCUUCCUCCAGGCCACAGAGGGCUCUGAGGAUGACAUAAAGGAAAUCGUCCAGAGGCUGAAGGUGAUGACCAACGGCUGGGAGACAGUGGACAUGACGCUGCGGCGGAAUGGGCUCGGGCAGCUGGGCUUCCACGUGAAGUACGACGGGACCGUGGCCGAGGUGGAGGACUAUGGGUUUGCCUGGCAGGCCGGCCUCCGGCAAGGCAGCCGGCUGGUGGAGAUCUGCAAGGUGGCCGUGGUCACACUCACCCACGACCAGAUGAUCGACCUGCUGCGCACCUCUGUCACCGUGAAGGUGGUCAUCAUCCCGCCUUUCGACGACGGCACGCCCCGGAGGGGCUGGCCAGAGACAUAUGACAUGAAUACCUCGGAGCCCAAGACGGAGCCAGAGAGCAUGACCCCUGGGGGCCGGCCCCCCUACCGCAGCAAUGCCCCCUGGCAGUGGAGUGGGCCCGCAUCCCACAACUCUGUACCAGCCUCCAAGUGGGCCGCACCAGCCACCCCCGGCCAUGCCCAGUCCCUGAGCCGGCCCCCGAAGCAGACCCCCAUGGUCCCCUUCCGGGAGUCUCAACCGCUGCACAGCAAGAGGCCUGUCAGCUUCCCAGAAACCCCUUACACAGCAUCACCAGCAGGGGCCGACAGAGUCCCUCCCUACCGACAGCCUUCUGGGAGCUUCUCCACCCCCGGCUCGGCCACCUACGCAAGAUACAAGCCAUCGCCAGAAAGGUAUGCGGCUGCCCCACACCCACUGCUGUCCUUUGAUUCCCACUUCACCCACGAUGGGACGUCCAGUGGCGACUCCUCCUCGGGCGGCCUGACCAGCCAGGAGAGCACCAUGGAGCGCCAGAAGCCAGAGCCUUUGUGGCACGUGCCCGCCCAGGGCCGGCUCUCAGCCAUGACUGGAAGCAGCGGCAGCAAGCACACCUCCAGGCAAGAUGCAGCAGGCAAAGAUUCCCCCCACAGACAUUCCAAAGGAGAACCUCAAUACUCAAGUCAUUCCAGCAGCAAUACCCUCUCCAGCAAUGCGUCCAGCAGCCACAGCGACGAUCGCUGGUUCGACCCCCUGGACCCUCUGGAGCUGGAGCAAGACCCCCUCUCCAAGGGCGGCUCCAGCGACAGUGGCAUCGACACCACCCUCUACAACUCCAGCCCCAGCUGCGUGGCCCUGGCCAAGGCGCCUCGGCCAGCCAAGCUGCACAAGCCCCCGGGAAGUAUGGGCCUCUGUGGCGGGGGGCGCGAGGCUACCGGUAGGCCCCACCACACAGACAGACGACGGGAGGUCUCGCCUGCCCCGGUGAUUGCUGGCCAGAGCAAGGGCUACCGACCAAAACUGUACUCCUCAGGCUCUAGCACCCCAACAGGCGUAGGCGGGGGCAGCCGUGACCCCCCAAGGCAGUCCAGCGACAUGGGCUCAAGGGCUGGCUACCCCGCUCAGGUUUACAAAACUGCCAGCGCAGAGACUCCUCGGCCCUCCCAGCUGGCCCAGGCCAGCCCCUUCCAGCUGUCUGCCUCUGUCCCCAAGUCCUUCUUCUCCAAGCAGCCUGUGCGCAAUAAGCACCCCGCAGGGUGGAAGAGAACUGACGAGCCCCCACCACGGCCACUUGCCUUCACUGACCCAAAGAAGCAGGUGGACACCAACACAAAGAAUGUCUUUGGGCAGCCACGGUUAAGGGCGUCUCUCCGAGACCUCCGCUCCCCACGCAGGAACUACAAAUCCACCAUUGAGGACGACCUCAAGAAGCUCAUCAUCAUGGAUAACCUGGGGCCGGAGCAGGAGAGGGACUCAGGGUCCCCACAGAAGAGCCUGCAGCGGACGCUGUCGGAUGAGAGCCUGUGCAGCGGGCGCCGGGAACCCAGCUUUGCCAGCCCCUCUGGCCUGGAGCCAGGCCUGCCCAGCGACGUGCUCUUCACUAGCACCUGCACCUUCCCCUCCAGCACACUGCCCGCCCGCCGCCAGCACCAGCACCCCCACCUGCCCGGCGGCGGUGGCCCUGGCCCCAGCCCUGCCCCCGGCAACGGCUUCCCAGAGAAGAAAUCCACCAUCUCAGCCUCAGAGCUGUCCCUGGCCGAUGGGCGGGACCGGCCGCUACGGCGCCUUGACCCCGGGAUGAUGCCACUGCCCGACACAGCUGCCGGCCUCGAGUGGUCCAGCCUGGUCAACGCAGCCAAGGCAUAUGAAGUGCAAAGAGCCGUCUCUCUCUUCUCUCUAAAUGACCCGACCCUGAGCCCGGACAUCCCACCUGCACACAGCCCUGUCCACAGCCACGUGAGCCUGGAGAGGGGGCCCCCGACCCCCAGGACCACCCCUACCAUGAGCGAAGAGCCACCCCUGGAUCUGACGGGCAAGGUGUACCAGCUGGAAGUGAUGCUGAAGCAGCUGCACACGGACCUCCAGAAGGAGAAGCAGGACAAGGUUGUGUUGCAGUCAGAGGUGGCCAGCCUGCGACAGAACAACCAGCGGCUGCAGGAGGAGUCACAGGCCGCCAGCGAGCAGCUGCGCAAGUUCGCCGAGAUCUUCUGCAGGGAGAAGAAGGGACUCUGAGGUGGCCAGGUCUCGGCACACAGCCACCGCACCCCUGCAGCCUUCUGCCUUGCUCCUCCUCGCUCCUCACACGUGGGCAGACUGUGGGCUCCUGCUCCCCCCACUCCCCAGCUCAGUUCCUGGCUGCAGGUGUGACCGAGGUAGCCCAGCCAGGGCACCUGCACCGACCACCCCCUCCUGAACCAUGGAUGGUGGUGGGACCAAGGCCUUGAGGGGCUGUGAGCCAGGGGCUGGGUGUGGCUGACGUGUUCUCAGACGUCCCUCAGAGCUGCCCAUCUGUUUUCCCCUGAGGGCAGGGCCCUGCCUCCACCACCCCCAAGGGACUCAUCCCCCUGUCCCCAUCCAGCUUCUUCCUUAAAGCAAGCCAUCAAGCAUAGGAAGAGGCAGGGGGCGAGGGAGGGCAGGGUGCAGUCUCCAAACUUGGCGCUCCAGGAGCUCACAAACCGAUUUCUUCACUACGUAGAACAGUUUUGGCUUGUGGGGCCAAGCCCCCCCACAUGAAAAGUCCCAGUGUGAAAUGGCCCACUCUUGCCCCACGCCGCAGGGAGGUAAGGGCCGUGUGGAAACAGGGCCCUUCUGUUCCAGGUGUGCUAGCCCAGGAAGCCAGCCCCUCCCAAAAAGCCACCAAGAGCACUUGCUUAGAGCAGAAAUUGUUUUCUUGGGGGUCCCAGGAUGGGACGAAGAAACCCCCACGCCCAGAGAGAAACCAUUCUUUGAGAGAGGAACUCUGUAUGAUUGGGAGGGUUUCCACAGCCUUGCCAUCAGCAACUCCACGACCAGAGGCCACAGCACCUGACCCUCGGAGCUGCUCACCAGGCCAGGCCCAGGCAUCCUCGCCCCUUCCACCCAGAGAGACCCAGCCUGGCCACGGCAGCCACGCAUGGCCUCUUCCGUGCACCCAGAGGGCUUCAUGGAGCCCUCAGGACUGGGCUGGAGAAAGCAGCCUUCACCUCCUUGUCUGCUUUUGUUUCCCUUGUGCAAGUCUCCCAGGCCGACCUGCAGGCCCCACGUCAGAGGGGCACCUCGGACACUGUCACUGUGCUUUGUGGGACGCUCCGCCGGGCGCGGCCCAAGAAACGCUGGCUCUCAAAUGGCAAUAAGGGGCGGCUUGCCAGGCAGCCAAGCCGGCGCGGUACUACACUAUUCACCCAGGAAACGGUUUUUUUUCCUUCUUUAAAAACAAAAUAUAUAUAUAUAUAUAUUUAUUUUUUCAUGUCGAGUUGCACCAAGUCUGUAAGGCCACAGCCUGUGGAUCCCCAACCUCAAAUGAGGGCUGAGGCAUGUCCCCAUGGGCAGGGGGCUGGCAGGAGGAUGGGUGGGGUUCCCUCUGGGGAGGCACCAGCCAAGGAGGUGGCAGCCAGACUCGACUCUUGGAGCAGCUCCCCCUGGGCUGGAGCCCUGGGCCAGAGACACCUCGCCUUCUCUCUGGGACCCUGCACCUCAGGAAAGGGGGCUUCUGGGUCCACACAGGGUGCAGCCACUCCAGGGGGUGCCAGGUUGGGGAAAGCAAGUGAAGCGGUCACUCAGUGUGCCCCCAUGAUAGCCCUCUGACCCCUAGGUAGCCCCCAAGUCCCUCUGAGAGGAAACCCCGGUGGGCUGCCCCACUGAGGUGUGAGAAGGGGCCGCCGCCACGGUGGUGGGCCCUGCGGGCCGGGCCCUGGUCCUCAGCCCUGGCCAACUACUGUGAUGUCUCUGCCUGCUCCCCCACCCCCUUUUUGGGGGCUCCGCAGCCCCCCAUCCCUUUCCUCAGACCCAUCCUGGAGGGUGUGUUUUUUAAUUGCCACCUCUCCCGGUCUCCAGAUCGUCCGAUCGUUCCGGGCACCUGAUCACGCGCGUUGACAAGUGUAAGUUCCGGUUUUUGGUUUUGUGCUCUGUUGUUUUUUAGGCUGUCUACAAAACAAAUCUAUUUAAUUUGGGGUUGAUGUUCUACCUGACGGCUGAAGAUGGCAAGUUGUUUUCCUAUGUUGAUUUGUUUCAUUUGGAUUUUUUAUUAUUCUCUGUUGUCUUUGUUUUAUUUUUCCUUCCUUGUCUUGAGAUUUUCUGGCAUGUUUCUGGAGGU